ACCAGCUUCUUCACCACAUACAGUACAGUAUAUAUACCAGCUUCUUCACCACAUACAGUACAGUAUAUAUACCAGCGCUCUCUCCUGCUGCUACAGCCUGCCUGGUUAAGCACAGCAGGAGAAGAAACUAUCUCAGCUUCUCAGAUCUGACUUACACCAAGCCCACCGGCCUCCAUCAUGGUGUGUACAGGUGUGCUGACUGGACUCCUCCUGUUCUCCCUGUCCUCCUCUGUGGUAUCUGCAGACAGGGUGGAUCUGAACACUCUCCAUAGAAUCAUCCAAGUCUUUGAAAGCAGAUAUAAACCCGGUGAAGAUCUCCAGUAUGCUGUGGCCAUCAAUGUCCCAGCAGAACAGUGUAAGGAAAAUUUCAAUAAGGACAACUUCCUUAGCGAGUACACAGAUAAUGUCAAGGAUGACCUCAAAAAAAAGAGACUUUACAUAGGAAAUCACAUGGUCGCUGCCAGACCAAAGGGCGGGGGCUCCACAGCCAUCCACUCAGAGCGUGCCUUGCUCAUCUGUGAAGACCAAGCUGUCACUCCUGUGCAAAACCUGCUGAACACAGCGGACAGAAAUGGCUGUGUGGUGUUUUACACCUACAACUCUCCAUGUCUGGACUACUGUCUGAACCAAAAAAAUGACAAUGACCAACAGAACCGGGAGAGGGCCCAGAAAAAGAGAGGAAAAACUAAUGUCACCCCUGCUGUGAAGAAGUGCAUCCUGGACUCUCUCAGUAUACUGACCAAUCACCCCGGUCCCAAGGCCUUUGUGUUCAGUCAGGUCUAUAGGAAGGACAGAGAAAACACCAAGCUAGCCUCUGCCCUGAAGGAGGUUGCAGAGAAGGUCCCCCUCUACAGAUGUAACACCAACCGCUGUAUCGAGUGCCUGGAUAACAAUAAAAAGUUCAACAAUCAAUGCCUGUCCUAAGCGAGACACAUUGCAAUCAUGUCCAAAUGGAUAUUCAUCUUUUUUCUUUCCGUGAAUAUGAAUGAUUUCAGUCUUUGUAACUUGAUUUACUAACAUAUAUUAAUACUCUUUGACUACUGUUAAUUAUGCACUUGUGAUUUGAAAUCAUUUAAUAAAUAUCACAGCAACAAUUACA